CAAAGAGGAGACUCUGUCGGAAAACUAAUCAACAAGCAAAACAAAUCACUCCCCCGUCACCGGAUCAUAACUAUUUUGAAGAAUGAAGAGGAACUUAAACAGGAACGAUGAGGACCAGCCUGAGAGAAAACGUCCUGCUCUUGCUAAUGUGAUUGUUGAGGCGAUGAAAGUUGACAGCUUGCAGAAGCUCUGCUCAUCUAUUGAACCUAUUCUCCGCAGAGUUGUGAGUGAGGAAUUGGAACGUGCUUUGGCAAAAUUAAUCCCUUCUAGGCUUGCUGAAAGUUCGGGCACUUCUCCAAAACAAAUCAACGGUCCAGAUGGCAGAAACCUGCAGCUGCGUUUUAAGUCUAGACUAUCACUCCCUUUAUUUACUGGAGGAAGAGUGGAAGGAGAAAAAGGUGCUUCCAUCCAUGUUGUGUUGAUAGACGCAAACACAAAGCGUCCUGUAACGUUUGGACCAGAAGCUUCUCUCAAGCUUGAGGUUGUUGUGCUUGAAGGUGACUUCAACGAAGAAGACUGGACGCAAGAAGAGUUUGAAAGUCAUGUCGUGAAAGAGCGUGAUGGGAAAAGACCGUUGCUUACUGGAGACUUGUGUGUUGUUCUCAAGGAAGGUGUAGGUACUUUGGGGGAGCUAGUGUUCACUGAUAACUCGAGUUGGAUUAGGAGUAGGAAGUUUAGACUUGCUUUAAAGGUGGCUUCUGGAGGAUGUGAUGGUAUACGUGUACGUGAGGCGAAGACUGAGGCUUUCACUGUUAAAGAUCACAGGGGAGAAUUGUACAAGAAGCAUUAUCCACCUGUUUUGAGUGAUGAAGUGUGGAGAUUGGAGAAGAUCGGUAAGGAUGGGGCGUUUCAUAAGAAACUAACCGCAGAAGGAAUAGUCAAUGUUGAAGAAUUUCUGAGAAAAUUGGUUAAGGAUUCUGCAAAAUUACGAACUACUCUUGGAAGUGGCAUGUCAAACAAGAUGUGGGAUGUGCUAGUGGAGCACGCAAAGACGUGUGUACUAAGCGGUAAGCUUUACAUAUACUAUGCUGACAGUUCAAGGACUGUGGGUGUUGUGUUCAAUAACAUAUAUGAGUUAAGUGGCCUUAUCUCCGGGGAUCAGUACUUCUCUGCUGACUCACUUGAUGACAGCCAAAAGGUGUAUGUGGAUGGAUUGGUGAAGAAAGCAUAUGAUAAUUGGAGCCAUGUCAUAGAGUAUGAAGGCAAAACUCUUUUACAUUUCAAUCAGCCUGAGAGGGUGAAUGUUUCUCAGACAGAACCUGUAACUGUGUCGGCAAAUUACUCUACCUUGUGUCCGUCUGCUAUACCUCCUAGUCAGUUUACAGGAUUCUCAUUCCAAGGGUAUAAUCAAACGCUACCAACAGCUCAGCCUCAUAACUCACAAGUACCAUUCGAUAUUGUUUUGCAGCAAGAUCAGUUUAUGGGGAUACAUCAACGUCAAACUCAGACAAACUUAGAGAAUCAAUAUGUAACUGGAUUGGCUCUUUGUCCUCCCCCACUGCAAUUCACAGGCGGGUUCCAAGACAUAGGUUCUUCUGUGCAUCAGGCAGAUCUUGAUCCCUUUGAAGACUGGUCACACCAGCAAGAGAAAGACCUUUUGUCAGAGGAUGAGAUUCGGCUUAGAAGCAAUGAAAUGUUAGAGAGUGAGGACAUGCAACAGCUGCUCCACCUCUGUGGCAUAGGAGGCGAUGGAGACGAUGGAUAUGCUUUCCCAUCGUUUAUGCAAAAUACACCUUUGGUGCAUGGCUAUGAGGAGGACCGUGGGAGGUCAACUAAAGCGGUUGUUGGGUGGCUAAAGAUAAAAGCAGCAAUGAAAUGGGGAAUCUUCAUUAGGAAGAAAGCUGCUGAGAGAAGAGCUCAGAUUGUUGAGCUUGAUUAAAAUAUACACUAAUAGAUGAUUUAUACAGGUUGCUUGCUAAAGUAUAGAAGAAGCCGUGUACGAUUUAGGUUAAUAUACCAGGAUCACUUACGGAUAUGGUUUCACAUUAUUUCAUGUUUUGUGUUUCGUUUGUUUGACAUAUUAUAGGUUUGUGACAUCAACGUUUAAUCUUUCAUCUAUUAGUCCAUCCAGUAUACUUGUCUUAUUA